AUGGAGCUGGCUCAGGAGUUGGUGACUUUUGAGGAAGUGGCUGUGUAUUUCACCAAGGGGGAAUGGGCUCUGCUGGACCCCACUCAGAGAGCCCUCUACAGGGAUGUCAUGGAGGAGAACUAUGUGACGGUGGUCUUGCUAGGGUUUCCAGUUUCCAAACCUGAUGUGAUCUCGCAGCUGGAACGAGGGGAAGAGCUGCGGGUCCCGGACAUCCAGGGCUCUGAGAAAGAAAUGCUUCCAAGAGCUGCCUUCACAGGAGAGAUGCUCUAUGCUUGCUCUGAGUGUGGGAAAAGCUUCAGUUCGAGCUCAGACCUUAUUGCACGUAGGAGAAUCCACAUGGGUGAGAAACCUUAUGGAUGCUCUGAGUGUGGGAAAUGCUUCAUUCGUCGUUCAGGCCUCAUCUUACAUCAGAGAAUCCACACAGGAGAGAAGCCCUACACAUGCUCUGAGUGUGGGAAAAGCUUCAGUUGGAGCGCAAACCUUAUCAGACAUCAGAGAAUCCACACAGGAGAGACGCCCUACACAUGCUCUGAGUGUGGGAAAAACUUCAGUUGGAGCUCACACCUUAUCAGACAUCAGAGAAUCCACACAGGUGAGACACCCUACACGUGCUCUGAGUGUGGAAAAAACUUCAAUCAGAGCUCUACCCUUUUCACACAUCAGAGAAUCCACACAGGAGAGACGCCCUACACAUGCUCUGAGUGUGGGAAAAGCUUCAGUUGGAGCUCACACCUUAUCAGACAUCAGAGAAUCCACACAGGGGAGACACCCUACACGUGCUCUGAGUGCGGGAAAAGCUUCAAUCAGAGCUCACACCUUAUCACACAUCGUAGAAUCCACGUGGGAGAGAAACCCUAUACAUGCUCUGAGUGCGGGAAAAGCUUCAAUCAGAGCUCAAGCCUUAUUAGACAUCAGAAAAUCCAUAUGAGAGAGAACUGUAAUAAAUCCCUUGACUAG